CUCUAGUGCCUUUUUGGCUGCCUCGUUGACGAGUAUGACGAUGCCACCCCAACCCUCCAGUAAACAAUCCAAUCCAAAACACACAAAGACAGAGAGGUCAACAUCUGCAUUUCCACUGCCUGGAAAUACUGUCUAAGCCUAUUCCAUCAUACUUUCUAUUUCAUCUCUCUUCGGAUCAUCGACCCUGUGAUUCUACUCCCGCCUCUCCCAAAGCUGUGCUGCUGGAGCUUCCCAACGAGCACAUCCAUCAUGUCUCUCAAGAACGCCACUGUGCAGCCCAAGAUCUACCACAAGCCCCCCUUCAGUGUCGAAGCUCCCGGGUAUGAGCAUGUCGAUGGCGAGACCAUUCCGCGAAGAAAUCCUUUGACUGCCAACAAGCUGAAAGAUCGCCCAUCCGAAGAUAUUGCGACCGUCCUCGACAUCGUUAAGCGUGGCUCCGAGAAGUUUGGCAACGCGAAAGCUAUAGGAUGGCGAAAGCUCCUGAAGACUCACCAUGAGACGAAGAAGGUGAAAAAGACAAUAGAUGGCAAGGAGCAGGAAGUUGACAAGCAAUGGACAUACUUUGAGCUUGGUGGCUACGAGUACUUAAGCUUUCACGACUACGAAAAAUUGAUCACCCAAGUUGGCGCCGGGUACAGGAAGCUGGGCUUGGUAAAGGAUGACCGCGUACAUAUCUUUGCUGCAACAGGUCCUCACUGGUUAGCAAGCGCACACGGGGCUGCCUCGCAAUCUAUGCCUAUUGUUACUGCCUACGAUACUCUCGGGGAGGAGGGUCUCAAACACUCUCUCGUAGCAACCAAGGCAAAGGCUAUCUUUUUAGAUCCUCACCUUCUUCCUACGCUCAUUAAGCCGCUCAAGGAAGCUACGGAAAUCAAGUAUGUCAUCUGGAACAGCCAGCAUGAUGUCAAGCAGGAGAACAUCGAUCUUCUAAAGAAGGCUCAUGACCGGCUCACAAUUCUGAGCUUUGAGGAGCUUCGCAAGCUUGGAGAGGACAAUCCAGUCGACAUGGUUCCUCCGAGCCCUGAAGAUAUCUGCUGUAUCAUGUAUACCUCUGGUUCGACCGGUCCUCCAAAGGGUGUGCCGCUCAAGCACAAGGCUGUCGUAGCAGCAGUUGCCGGUGUCAGUGUUAUCGUUGAACCCUACAUCGGUCCUGGUGAUGUUCUUCUGGCCUAUCUCCCUCUUGCCCAUAUUCUUGAAUUCGUCUUCGAAAAUGCCUGUAUAUACUGGGGUGGAACUAUGGGUUACGGAAACCCAAAGACACUGUCGGAUACGUCUGUCAGGAACUGCAAGGGUGAUAUACGAGAAUUAAGACCGACCAUCCUCGUCGGUGUCCCUGCGGUGUGGGAGACGGUCAAGAAGGGCAUUGUCGCCAAGGUCAAUUCUGGUGGUACCCUCGUCAAGAGCCUAUUCUGGACCGCGCUCUGGGCUAAAAACAAUUUACUACACUACGGCCUUCCUGGGGCUGGUAUUCUGGAUGCGGUUGUUUUCAAGAAGGUCAAGGAAGCAACUGGUGGCCGAUUAAGAAUUUGCAUGAAUGGAGGUGGGCCGAUUGCAAAGGACACCCAACGCUUCAUCUCUAUGGCUAUCACACCUAUGAUCGGUGGCUACGGGUUGACUGAGACCACUGCGAUGGGUGCACUCACGGAUCCCAUGGAAUGGACCGAUGACGCCCUUGGAAAUAUCCCAGGAAGUAUCGAGAUCAAGUUAGUCGACUUCCCCGAGGCCGGCUACCACGCCACAAACAAACCCAACCCACAAGGUGAAAUCUGGAUCCGAGGCACGCCAGUUCUGGAAAGCUACUAUGAAAAUGAGAAAGAGACCGCAGAAGCUAUUACCCCAGAUGGGUGGUUCAAGACAGGUGACAUUGGAGAAUGGGACAAGAAUGGCCAUCUCAAGAUAAUUGACAGGAAGAAAAACUUGGUUAAGACUUUGAAUGGCGAGUAUAUCGCUUUGGAGAAACUUGAAUCGGUUUAUCGUGCCGCGACGGUUGUUGCCAAUAUUUGCGUGUAUGCGGAUACACAACGUGCAAAGCCAAUUGCUAUCAUUGUCCCAGCUGAACCAGCAUUGAAAAAGCUCGCAGAAAGAAUUGGCGUCGAAGGAAAUGGAAUGGAAGACUUGGUGCACAACCGGCAGGUGCAAGAUGCCAUUCUGAAGGAGCUGCAGCAGGCUGGGAAGCAGGGUGGGUUGUCUGGUAUUGAAAUCAUUGAAGGUGUAGUAUUGGCGGACGAAGAAUGGAAUCCUCAAAAUGGCCUCACGACCUCGGCGCAAAAGCUUAACAGAAAGCUCAUUUUGCAAAAGUACAAGAAGGAGGUUGACGCUGCUUACGGCCGUAGUAACUAG